CUCUUAGGUACCUUCGGUCUUACUCAGUCACGGUUUACAGUUUAACAUGUAUGAUUCAAGUUAUAAUUCAAUGAGGUUUUUGUUAAAAUUAAUGUAAUUUCUUCAAUUUAGUAGCCCUAGGCCUAUAUAUGUUUUUAGGUUAACCGUAUUAAUGCUUUUAGGUUAUGAAUUCCAUUUUUUAGUGAUUGCUCAUUUUGAUACUGCAAUAUGCCAAUGCUGUGUGAUCCGUUUAACCAUAAGUUUUUUUUAUUGCACCAUUCUACUUUCCAAAAGCACAGUGUACUUGUAAUCUACAUGUAUGUUUUAUUAUGUAAUAGCAUAAGCUCGGUAUGCUGUGUCUUUCGAACAUUGGGAAAGCUUUAGCUUCAAAAAAUUUCACCAAUUUUCUACCAAGUGUAUACUUCCAAGCUCUGCAUACCUCUUCUCCUGCAACAAAGAAAGACUUAGUAUUCAGUGAACCAACUCGUUGGCCAGUUUACAAUGAUCAAAUAUUCCCUCCACAAUCUCCUGAUGAACCAAGAAGGCCAGCAUUCGUGUGUCACAUGAAGACGAAUAUAAAAUACAGUCCGAAGAAACUGUGGUACGUAGCUUGCUUUGUGAGAGGGAUGUCGGUCGAUGAAGCCAUCGAUCAGCUGAAGUUCGUUCCUCGCAAGGGGGCCGAAGCAGUUCGCCAGUGCAUCGAGGAAGCUCAGAAGCUGGCCGUUGAGGAGCACAAUGUCGAAUUCAAGAGUAAUCUAUGGGUUGCGGAAUCCCGUGUUGCCAAAGGUAUAACGAUAAAAGGAAUAAGGCGGCAUGCCAAGAUGAGGAUGGGCUGUAUCAAAUACCGUUACAGUCACUACCUGGUUCGUCUGGAGGAGGGAAAGCCACCUGCAAAGGGAGAAUAUUAUUGGCAUGGACCCAACGAUGGCCCCUCCCUACUCGAUGAUUGGUUGGCCAUGAUGAGGCGAAGGAAGAUCAUAUCAUCCUUAUAAUAGUUCACAUCAACAUACUCCUUACAAUACAAAACUAAAAUCUUGCUAGUAUCUGAUAAUUUGCUAUUGCUUGUAAAUACAGUGAAUUAAUAAAUAAUUUUGUUUAUA